AUGCAAAUGCAGCAGUACAAGGCCCCCGAUCUUCUGCUCGCCCUUUUGGGCCCCAUCCUGAUGGCUGUUGGCCAGGCUGCUAUGGAGAGCCAAGAACUGUAUGAACUUGAGAAAGAGCCAGCUUACUGGGAUGCUCAGGCGAGGGCAACACUGGAUGCUGCGCUGAAACUCCAUCCUCGAAAGUACCGGGCUAAGAACAUCAUCCUGUUUCUUGGUGAUGGGAUGGGCGUGUCCACGGUGUCAGCAGCUCGAAUCCUGCGAGGCCAGAUGGAGGGCGGAUCAGGGGAGGAGGCAAUGUUGGCUAUGGACACCUUCCCAUUUGUGGCUCUGUCUAAGACCUACAGUGUGGAUAAGCAGGUAGCAGACAGCGCCAGCACAGCUACAGCUUAUCACUGUGGGGUGAAAGCCAACUCUAAGACAGUAGGACUCAAUGCUAAUGCAGUGGCCUACGAGUGUAACACCACCUUUGGUAACGAAGUCUACUCGGUACUACGACGUGCAAAGGCACAAGGUAAAUCAGUGGGUAUAGUUACCACCACGCGUGUCCAGCAUGCCUCCCCAGCUGCUGCCUAUGCCCACUCUGCCAGCCGCAGUUGGUACAGUGAUGCAGAUCUUCCCCCCAGUGCCCGCCAGCAGGGCUGUGUUGACAUUGCCACCCAACUGGUCACCAAUGUUGACAUUGAUGUGAUUCUGGGGGGAGGGAGGGUGUACAUGACACCAAAAGGCACACCAGACCCCGAGUACCCUACCUCUAACUCUCGCAAGGGGGACCGCAAAGAUAAGAGGAACCUCAUUGAUGUGUGGCUGAAGGCUAAGCCAAACAAGAAGUCACACUAUGUUUGGCACAGGAAGGAGUUUGAUGAAAUUAAUGCAAAAACUACAGACCGCCUCAUGGGUCUGUUUGAGCCAAAGGACAUGAGAUUUGAGGUUUUCCGGAACAGUACACGAGACCCAUCCAUUGUGGAGAUGACUGAGAAGGCCAUACAAAUCCUCAGCAAGAACCCCAGAGGAUACUUCCUGUUUGUGGAAGAUGAAGGCAGAAUUGAUCAUGGUCACCAUGAUGGCAUUGCCAAACUGGCCCUGACAGAAGCUGUGAUGUUCGACCGAGCCAUUCAGCGUGCUGCUGAGCUAACCAGAGAAUUCGACACACUGACUGUGGUUACUGCUGACCACUCGCAUGUCUUCACAUUUGGCGGUAACACACCUCGAGGAAACCCCAUCUUUGGUCUGGCACCAAAGAAAGCUGAGGACAAAUUGCCUUUCACCAGCAUCCUGUAUGCCAAUGGCCCCGGUUAUGUUCAUAUAAAUGGAACCAGAGGGAACAUCACAAUGGUAGAUUACUAUGAUGAAGAGUACAUGCAGCAGGCUGCUGUCCCUCUUGAUGCUGAGACACAUGGUGGAGAAGAUGUGGCCAUCUAUGCCAAAGGCCCAAUGGCUCACCUGUUCCAUGGAGUGAAAGAGCAGAACUAUGUGGCUCAUGUCAUGGCCUAUGCUGCCUGUUUGGAGCCUUACAUAAAUUGUCCUCCUCUCCCCUACAACCAGACCUCAACUGGGAUUGUGAAAACACCAUCAAGCUUCCUGUUUGGCCUUCUUGGCCUCUUCUGGUUCUUCAGAUGACCCCCAAACACACAUCACCACAUGCAUUCAAACAAGUACAGUGUAUGCAUGCAGCAAUACAGAAGCUUAAAGCUACAGUGUGUAACAUUUUUCA